UCAUCUCGUUGAGAUAACGGAUUGACUGCAAAAAGCUCAUCCCCUGCAUACGACAGUCAACAUUCCCAUCAGUUCCUGCAUACCACCUAUAAUACUCUUACCUCUAACCUAUAUAAAUGCGCACCCAUUCUAUUCUCUUACCAAGUUGUCCAUCCAUAUUGUGUUAUCUGCUGCUCCUACUCGUUGAAUCUGUGCAUUCGGCUCCUAAAACCUCUCGCUUCCAUCUGACCCACAUUAUCAAACACGGUUAUACCCAAGAAGGAGCAACCCAAAAACUCUAUCUGAAAUCCUAUGACCUCUCACAAUUACAGCACCGACCUGUAUACCCUACUGUUAAGCACCAUGAGGGCACCAUAAACGUCUGGAGUGAAUGGAGGGGACAACGCAUUCAGCAGGUGCAUGUCAAAGAAAAGCCGAUUAGAAUACCGGAUCAUACGGACCCCGAGACGGUGUUGUCGUUGGGGUUGAUGACACAUGAUGCGUACUUGGAGCCGGAUGAUAAAGGUUGGGUCGAUAUUCCUGGAUGGAAUCAGACGGUUCGGUGGAAAGGCGAAGGCAAAAGUUUAGCCUCUUACGUUUUUCUUGAUGAAGACGAAGAAGUUCUCGUCAUUGUGCUCAAAGGUACAACGCUGGCUACUCCUGUAGGAGGGGGUCCAUCGUCGAAUGAGGACAAGUACAAUGACAAUAUCAUGUUUUCUUGUUGCUGUGCAAAGGCUGGGUGGGGAUGGAAGCCUAUAUGCGACUGUCCGACUGGCAAGAAUGAGUGCGAUAUGAAAUGCUUGAUCCAAAAUUCGAAUUUCGAUGGAUCCUAUUAUAAUCUUGCACAGACCAUGUAUCUAGCCGUUCGGGAAUGGUUUCCGUCCCGUGUCAGUAUUUGGUUAGCUGGUCACAGUCUGGGAGGCGCCCUUGCCUCCCUCAUAGCAUUAACGAAUGACCUGCCAGCAUUUGCAUACGAAGCGCCUGGUGACUUAACCUAUGCCCUUCGACUCGGCUUGCUACCUUCGCUACCUCCAGACCAAAAACCGGAUUACACGGAUUUUCUCAAAACGCUGCCCAUCUAUCAUUUUGGAAAUACUGGUGAUCCAAUUUACUUGGGGCAGUGCAAUGGACCCACUAGUAGUUGUUGGUGGUUCGACUAUGCAUUGGAAACAAAGUGUCAUACUGGCUAUGAAUGUAUAUAUGACAUUAACAGCCCUCCACCACUCCUCCUACUUCAGGAUCAACCCACAACAGUGCAACUAAGCGUACGUUAUCACACAAUUGACUUUGUCAUCAAAACCUUUCUAGAAAAGUCCAAAACCGUGCCGGAGUGCAAGGUUGUUGACAAUUGUUUGGCUGAGGAGUGCCAGGCGUGGAAAUACAUUUAGUGUCGAUAUAUUGGCAACCGAUUUGCUGUAUGAUAAUGAAUAUGAUAUAUAUAUUUGCGUACAUUUUGAUUGCAAGA